UUGUGCCCGCUAAGCGUUUGCUUUUGCGUUAUUUUUUCAUUUAUCUUUUGGAAAAUAAACAAUAAAUUAAUUAAUUCAAUUCAAUCGUAAAAAGUAAUGUAAUCGCAGUGUAAAAGUAACAAAAUGGCAAGUAAAUAUCAGCAGGGAUCUAAUAUAAUCGCGCAAAAUCAGCUAGUGCAAUGGAUAAACGAGGCAGGAAUGUCAGAGGGCAAAAAAAAGGCGAAUCUUCUUAGAAAAAUCAUUGAGGUUCUGCUGCAUCAGGUGCCCCAAAUGGUGCCAAUCUACAUGGAUAACAUUUUAAGUUAUAUCAGCGAUAAGACUACUGAGGUUAAAAAACUGGUUGUUGGUUUCAUUGAGGAGCUGAGCAAGUCUCAUCAGAGCCUUCUACCUAAAAUUAUUACACAGCUGCAACUAUUAGUGAUUGACCCUGUCGUCGCUGUACAGAAGAGGGCGAUCCAGGCGGCGAGCUUAGUGUACAGAAAUGUACUGUUAUGGAUUUAUGACGGCACUGCUAGUAUAUCGGACAUGCAGUAUGUGUGGGAACAGCUUGCCAAGCUGAAGCUCCUGAUAUUGAACUUGAUUGAUAGUGAAAAUGAGGGUAUUCGAACAUUUUCGAUAAAGUUUCUUGAAGAGAUGGUCGUAUUACAAAGUACCAAUCCCACCACGGAUACAGAAGAUGAAUUCAGUCUUGAUCGUUUGCCAGCAAAUCUACCAUUCGUCAAAAGGACUGCUAUGGAAGAGGAGUCAGAGCACAUAUUCAAGCUGCUACUAAAAUUUCACAACUCCCAGCACAUAUCAAGCGUAAACCUCAUGGCUUGUAUGACUACUUUAUGUAUAGUCGCAAAAAUGAGACCCAAUUAUUUAGCAAGCGUUAUCCAAGCUUUGGGAGAUCUCCAUACAACACUACCGCCUACUUUGUCCCAAUCCCAGGUUAAUUCUGUGCGGAAACAUUUAAAGAUGCAGCUGUUAAUACUGAUCAAACAUCCAGCCGCUGGCGAUUUGAUGCCACAGCUGACCCAACUACUGCUAGAUAUAGGAAUGACUCCCCAAGAAAUAAACAAAACUUUACCAAAAGAAAGGAGGAAUAAAAGACUGGGAGAGAUAAAAAAUGGUGACACGCCAGCAAAACGUUAUAGAAUAGAUUCUCCGCAAAGUGCUACUGGAAGUGACAGUAACAGCAACAGUCGAAGUGAUUUCAACAUAUUUGACGAAGAUAGCAACCAGCAAACUUUGCCAAUUGUAAUAACUAAAGCGUCUGUAACAGAAGACUCAUUAUUCGAGGGACUCAAUAACGUCGAUAAUGUUGUUAACCUAGUUAUGGCGACUCUAUUAAAUAAUUUACCAAGCAAUAUGUCAGAUGGUUUUAUAACUGAAUACAAGCCCAUACCUAAUUCUGGAUCUAAAGUUCAGAAACGUAGUCUGGCGAAAAUGAUGCUUGCGUUAAUAAACGACGACCAACAACCGGCAAAUACUAGUAGCAACGUUAUUCCACCCAUAUUUGACGCCGAAGCCAAAAUACCUUUACUAAUAGAUGACGAUGAAAAGUUAACUCUUAAAAACGCAGUAGCCAAACUCCAAGAAUCUACAAAAGCGGAUAAGCUAAUGGAGAACGCAGUGACAAAACUUAUGGAAGAAACUAGACAGGAACAUAUCAAAGAGGAAGAGAGAAAGACAAAAGAAAAAGAAAAGUUGAUUCCGCCUCCCACACCAACAGUUCCUAAGCUAAAACAAAAAGUUAAGCUGCUAAAACUGCAAGAACUAACUCGUCCUAUACCUAAAGAAAUAAAAGAAAAGUUGAUCUUACAAGCUGUUGAAAGGAUUUUGAGGGCAGAGAAGGAAAGUAUAAUAGGUGGUGCAGUUCAGAUCCGUUCGAAAUUCAUUACGAUUUUCGCAUCAAGCUAUACUCCGGAAAUAAGGGAAUUAGUACUCAAUUAUAUAUUGGAGGAACCGCUCAAUAGGAUUGAUUUGGCUCUAUCCUGGUUGUAUGAGGAGUAUGCGUUCAUGCAAGGGUUUAACAGACACCCGGCAACGCUACAGCCAAAAUUACACGACAAACACGAUGAGAAUUACAAUCAACUGCUAUGCGCUUUGAUAACGCAAGUCUCAGAAAGGGGUGAUCCGAUAAUAGAAGCCAGCAAGGAUGUUCUGUUAAGGAAGAUUUACUUGGAAGCGCCCGCAGUUACUGAUGAGGCGGUUGAAUAUUUGAAGCAUUUAGUCUCCGACGAGAAGUUGGCUUUCCUUGCACUGGAAAUUUUAGAGGAGCUGUGUAUUAUGAGACCUCCCAGAGCACAUAAAUUCGUAGCCGCUUUGGUCUCUCAUGUCUUGAGUGAGAACGAUGAGAUACGCGAUCUGGCUCUCAAAACCACCAUCAAAAUAUACAAGAGGAGCACGGAAGCUACGAAAAAAGUCAUAAAGAAACACGCUCUAUUGUACCUCGGAUUUAUUUCACUGUCCACACCGCCGCAGGAGCUGUUCGGGAACAGACACGUUAACAGAAUAUGGACAGAUGACCUUUAUAAGAUGUGCCUAAACCUUGUAAUGGCGUUGUUUUCGGAGAAAGAAGAAAUAAUAAUCGAAAUAGCGCGCGUAUAUGGAUGCGCAGACGCAGAAGCCAAGCGCUGUGUGCUACGCCAGCUAGAAGGGCCAUUAAAGGCUGCACUAAACAAGCCGGUACCGUCCGACCCAGAAGAUAUAAGCGACCCGAAACCCGGACAGCUCCGGCCCGCUUUCGAAGCGCUAUUGGAAGAAUGUCCGCGCGGGGCGGAAACUUUGCUGACCAAGCUUGUCCAUAUUCUGACAGAAAAGGCCCCUCCCACCCCGGAGUUGGUGUCUAGAGUGCGCGAGUUGUACACAACGCGUGUGUCAGACGUGCGUUUCCUCGUGCCAGUGCUCAAUGGAUUGUCCAAGAAAGAAGUAUUUGCUGCUUUACCGAAAUUGAUAAAACUCAACCCACCGGUAGUAAAAGAAGUUUUCAAUAAACUCCUCGGUUUGCAGAGUGCAAGCGACGAACAGUGUCCAGUAACUCCCGAAGAGUUGCUGGUAGCCCUCCACCUGAUCGACCCCAGCAAGGCGGAUUUGAAGUACAUCAUAAAGGCGACUGCCCUGUGCUUUGCCGUCAAACACAUCUACACCCAAGACGUGUUAUCAGCUGUGCUCCAGAGGUUAGCUGAAGAGACCGAGAUUCCGGUUUUGAUGAUGCGAACCGUACUUCAAGCACUCACUCUGUACCCCGCCCUGGGACCACUAGCACUCAAUAUACUUCAGCUGUUGAUUGAGAGAGAGGUGUGGAACAACAAAGUAGCCUGGGAGGGAUGGGUGAAGUGCUGCGAGCGUCUUGGUAGUAGCGCGGUGCCGGUGUUGGCUGAGCUACCACUCCGGGCCCUCGCCCUCCUACCACCGCACCUCGCCACACUGUGUCCACAGGCGCCGUCGUACACACAAAACGCUAUGGAGCCCGUGCCACCGGGGAUGGAAUAAUGGAAUAUGUAUUAAUAAAAACAACAAUAGCUAAUCAAAUGUACUUUUAUUAUAAAACUUCCGACAUAAACUAUUGUUAACACAUUUAUGAGUUACGCAACUAUUUGUGACUUAUUGCCCAUUUAAUCGGAACGUAGGAAUCGCCUAAAUCGAAAGCCUACAGAAAACAUCAUUAUGCUCUCAAAGGUGUGUGAAGUCCACCAAUCCGCACUAAGUCAGCGUGGUGGACUACGGCAUGAAGCCCUUCUCAUUGUAGGAAGAGACCCG